AUGAGAUUUGGAAAGAAAGGAAAAUUAAGCUCGCAUUUUGUAGGACCUUUUCCAAUUGUCAAGCGUGCAGGAAAUGUGGCUUAUUCGUUGUGGUUGCCUGAGGAGAUGUCUGUUAUUCAUAAUGUCUUUCAUGCAUCUAUGUUAAGGAAAUACAUACCAGACCCUAAUCAUGUGUUAAAGAAACAUACCAUUUUGGUUCAAGAUGAACAAAGUUAUGAGGAAAAACCAAUGGAAAUGCUUGACUGUACAGUGAAGAAGCUUCACAGCAAGGAAAUUUCAAUGGUGAAGGAUUUAUGGCCAAAUCAUAGAGUAGAAGAGGCAACAUGGGAAAUUGAAAAGGAUAUAAAGGAACGAUAUCCCGAGUUGUUCUUAGGUUCGAGGAAGAAACUUUUAUAA